CUGCGUGAGAACAUGGAGCUGGAUAACAUAUAUACCAAUCUGGAAAACUUGCAUCAUGAUCAAAGGAAACAAGAUAUGAAACAGCAAAACCUAAAAUCAGAACAUGGUGUUCGAUCAACAGAGCCUGUCCGAGGAACAUGGUCACAUCUGGUCAUCUACAUUCUCCUGGCUCUCUCCAUCCUACUGUCCCUGACAACGCUUACUGUUGCAGUGAUACUGUUUACACAGCUAUUCAGUCCCAUGAAAAUGAUAGAAACUGACUUCAAGAUGGAUCUUGCCCAAUUGCAAACUAAUGUUACUGAGCUAUUCAGUCACAUGAAAAUGGUAGAAACUGGCUUCAAGAUGGAUCUUGCAGAAUUACAAAGGAACGGAUUAUCUGAGAAGACAAGCAGUUCACUCAGUGAACUUAGGAAUGACAUUUCUCAGCUGAAGGAGAAACUGCUUUGCAAAUGCCCUGAACACUGGAGGCAAUUCCAGCAAAAGUGUUAUUACUUUUCAUCAGACAGCAAGAGCUGGACAGAGGCCCAGAGAUCCUGUGCAUCAAAGGAUGCCAAUCUUCUUGUCAUUAACAAGCCUGAGGAGCAGGAAUUUGUAAAAAAGUGGCUCCAAAACAAAGAACACUGGAUUGGACUCACUGAUUCUGUCGCGGAAGGUGAUUGGCGCUGGGUGGAUGGGACAGACUACAUUUCCUCUGUAAAAUUUUGGAAGAAUGGUGAACCAAAUGAUGCUUCCAAUGAAGACUGUGCACAAGUGUAUGUUGAUGGAGAGUGGAAUGAUCGAUCAUGUGAUACCUCUCUAUAUUGGAUCUGUGAAAAGCCAGUGCAGUUUGAUUCUCCUUCAUGUUCCAUCAGUACCCGGGGGAAGUAAAUCCUUUUUGAAAUAUUCAGUCCGUGUCCAUUGGGCCAGCAGCUCUUAGCUGGGAUUGGCAGGAGAGUGGUAAGGAAUCUGCCUCACUCUCCUGACCAUAACUUUGUAAAAUCUCACAGGGAACAUUCAAGUUAUUCCUCUUUAUCUCAAUCCAAUGAUGUGAAGAUUCACAUGGUGCAUUUUCCCAAUAUUCCUGUACUACGUUCAAUCAGAUCAACAAUUCUGAUACACUGUGAAUGCUGGCAAUGUGAAAUAAGAACAGAGCAACUCAAGUGGUCUGGCAGCAUGCGUGGAGAGUGUAAGAUUUAAUAUUAUUGUUCUGAAGAACAGUCAUACUGGACUCAAAAUGUUGAGUCUGUGAGGCUGUGCAUUGAUGCUGCCAGACCACCUGAAUUUCUCCAGCACUUCCUAAUUUUGUUCCAUAUUUCUUGAAUGUUUAAAGGACACUGCAUUGCUUGUAUAUUGAAUUGUCCUGUUACUUUCACCCACCAGCCCAAUCCCAGUGGAACGAAGGAGCUAAUGUGGUUUUAAACAUAUUAUGCUGUUUGGAAUUCAUGAUAUCUCACCUCAUCUUUCAAGGGAUGCAAUUGAUUUUGAACUAUUCUUACUUGUUUAGUUCUCAGCGACCAGAAAGCUCACUGCCGUGGCUUUGCUUCAGUCUGACCUUAGAGAGAUUCUUCCUCUUCAUCCCAAUGCCAUGCAUUCUCUCAUCCUCUUUCUCUAUGCCUCUGCAACCUACAUGUCCUCAAAAACUUACCCUUUCCUAAGACAUCACCGGUUAGCAGGGAUACCGAAAUAGAUCAAUGGGUUUUCAAUGAACUGGUAUCAAAUGGCAAAUGUUUGGAAUAUUAUCAGCUAAAACCAGAAAAAUUUGAACAUUGAGACAAGGCUUCUUGUAAUUACAAUCUGAAGUCAAUACAAAUGCUUGAAAGCUACUCAAAAUGGAUGGAAUUAUUAGACUUUAUCUGAGUUGAACCAUUUGCUCUCCCUUUCCUUGCCAUUUAUUCCCAACAAUACAGUGAACCAGUGGGCCAAUAGUAAAUCAGCACAGCAACUCAGUGCCCAAUCUGGUGUGUGUGUGUGAUUCAGGGUGAAAUGCUGAAAAAGAACUUUGCCCUUGCAGAGUGGCUUAUAUUCAAAGCAAGCAAAGAACUGUAAUGCAACUUCAUCAACUAGUUUUCAAUAUUAACUUGUUGUAGCUCACCACCACUUUCUAUCAGGACAAUUCAGGAUGAACUAUAACAGAAAUGUAGAAAAUUUCAGGAGGAGUUACACAUUUAGCCCCUUUCAUGCCUGUUCUGCCAUUCAAUAUGAUCAUGGCUGAGUACUCAACUCAUUGCCCUUUUCCCACUUUCUCCCAUACUCUUUGAUCCCUUUUGUCCUGAUAACUGUGUCCAAUUGCUUCUUGAAAACAUUCAAUAAUUUGACAGGAACCACCUUCUCUGAAAGAGAAUUCUGGGUGUAAAGAUCAUCUCAGUCUUAAAUGUCCAACCCAAUAUCAUUAAA